AUGCCAGUGCCUGAGGUGGCAUCUGACACUGCCAGCGCUGCCACCAUGUUGAGCCCUGUCCUCAACGCCUCCAACGGAGACGGCUCCGAGUCUGAAACCACCUCCGCCAUCCUCGCCUCCGUCAAGGAACAGGAGUUGCAGUUUGAACGCCUGACCAGGGAGCUGGAAGCCGAACGACAGAUUGUUGCCAGUCAGCUGGAGAGAUGCAAGCUUGGCUCUGAGACUGGAAGCAUGACUAGCAUCAGUUCAGCAGAUGAAAAAUUUCGCUGGAACAACCAAGAUGGACAGAAGGACAUAGAGGAGGAACUGACAACAGGCCUGGAGCUGGUGGACUCUUGCAUCCGAUCACUCCAGGAAUCAGGCAUCUUGGACUCACAGGACACCUCCACAGGAGACAGACAAGGACUCCUGUCCCAAAGCGCUUUGCAGCUCAACAACCAGGAUGCCUAUGCGGCAGCUGGUUACCAUAGUAACCAAGGCCUGGCACUUGGGGAAACAAUCACGGGCCGCACCGGGCAAGUUGGAGGAGCCGUUCACAGCUACAACCAGGUGACGUCCAGCCGUGCAGCUGCCCAGUUAGUGGGGACAGACUCUCCAUCCCAGUCCCAGAGAGACUCAUUUGCCCAACAGGCCCAUGGCAGCGCCUUCCAUAUGCCCACUGAGGGAGGAUCUGCACCAGCUGGACCAUCCAUAUAUUACUCCUGUGCCACUUUGCCUGCACAGCGUGUCAGCUCCCCUCUGCAGGCGGUGGGAUCCCCUACCAAGCUGCAGCGCCUGGGAUCAGCCUCCUCUGACAUGCCCAGCUAUGCCACGCUACAGAGGGUGUCCUCACCCAAACAGUCUCCCAGCCGACUUGCCAAGUCCUACAGCACCUCAUCGCCCAUCAACAUGGUAGCAUCGGGCGCCGCUGGCUCCUCCUCACCCCUCCCCAUGGCAGCCUCCCCAGGGGGGAACCACACCUCGUCGCCCAUCCACCAGCUCAGCUCGGCAGUGGGAAACUACGCCACACUGUCGCCCACUAAACGCAUGCUGCAUCACAUCGGAGCAGACAGCUACAAGAUUUCCCACGAGCUAUACGCCAACGCAACCCUGCAAAGGCCUGGUAGCCUGGCAGGCUCCAGAGGUUCCUACAGCAGCCAGCACAGUCACCUGGGCGCUGAGCUCCGACCUCUGCAGUCUCCUGAACACCACAUUGACCCCAUCUACGAAGACAGAGUCUACACCAAACCCAACCUUAGAGGACAAGCUGCAUCAAACCCAGUGGUGAACCAAUUGUACCAAGAGGUCCUCAACUAUCUGCUCUGUCCCUACGCUCCUCUUCCUGCUUUAGCCCCGCCCUCCCCCGGUGUCGACCCAAUCCCCUUGCAGCGAACGGGAAGCCAGAGCGCCACCGCCACCUUUCAGAGAGGCAGCUUCGCCACAGGAGGCGGGGCAGCCGACUACGCCAACCCAUACCGCACUCUGCAGUUCUGCCCGUCCACUGAGUCGCCUUACAGCAAGUCAGGCCCCACACUCCCCCCUGAGGCUGCCCUGGGCCGGUCUCCAUCUGUGGACAGCAUCCAGAAGGACCCAAGGUACGACCCCGAAUUCCUUGUGUGGAAUCAAAAUCAAGCCGAGCAAAGAAUGACAAAGGAGUUUGGCUGGAGGGAUCCAGAGCUGCCAGAGGUGAUCCAGAUGUUGCAGCAUCAGUUCCCAUCAGUCCAAUCCAACGCUGCUGCAUACCUCCAGCACCUCUGCUUCGGAGACAACAAGAUCAAAUCUGAGAUCCGGCGGCAGGGCGGCAUCCAGCUGCUGGUGGACCUUUUGGACCACCGGAUGACCGACGUCCACCGCAGCGCCUGUGGAGCCCUGAGAAACCUGGUGUACGGCAAAGCCAACGACGACAACAAGAUCGCCUUGAAGAACUGCGGAGGCAUACCUGCUCUGGUCCGACUGCUCCGGAAGACCACAGAUGUGGAGAUCCGAGAGCUGCUCACAGGUGUUUUGUGGAACCUGUCGUCCUGCGACGCCCUGAAGAUGCCCAUCAUCCAGGAUGCCCUGGCCGUGCUGACCAAUGCUGUGAUCAUCCCUCACUCGGGCUGGGACACGUCCCCGCAUACACAGGAGGACCGCAAGCUGCACCUACACUCCUCCCAGGUCCUCCGCAACGCCACAGGCUGUCUCCGGAAUGUGAGUUCAGCAGGCGAGGAGGCCCGCAGGAGGAUGAGGGAGUGUGAGGGCCUGACAGACGCUCUGCUCUACGUCAUCCAGACCGCUCUGGGGAGCAGUGAGAUUGACAGCAAGACCGUCGAGAACUGCGUGUGCAUCCUGAGGAACUUGUCGUACCGUCUGGCCGCGGAGACGUCUCACAGCCAGCAGGGGGGGUCGGAGGAGCUGGACGGUCUGUUAUGUGACACCGGCGGGAAGGACGCAGAGAGCUCCGGAUGCUGGGGCAAGAAGAAGAAGAAAAAGAAGGGUCACGACCAGUGGGAUGGCGUCGGCCCAUUUCCAGACUUGGCGGAGCCCCCGAAAGGCAUCCAGAUGUUAUGGCACCCCACCAUCGUCAAGCCCUACCUCACACUGCUGUCUGAGUGCUCCAACCCAGACACCCUGGAGGGAGCAGCUGGGGCUCUGCAGAACCUAGCUGCUGGCAGCUGGAAGGUAAGAACUCAGUACUGUGGCUCCUGGUCGGUGUAUAUUCGGGCUGCAGUGCGUAAGGAGAAGGGCCUACCCAUCCUGGUGGAGCUGCUGAGGAUAGACAAUGACCGAGUGGUGUGCGCCGUGGCCACCGCACUGAGAAACAUGGCUCUGGACAUCAGGAACAAGGAGCUCAUCGGUAAAUAUGCCAUGAGGGACCUGGUGCACCGUUUGCCUGGAGGCAGCAACAACAACAACAGCAGCGGUGGUGGAGGAGGAGGAGGAGGCGGCGCCAACAACAGCGGGCUGGUGGGGAAGACCAUGUCGGACGACACCAUCACAGCUAUCUGCUGCGCGCUGCACGAGGUCAUCACCAAGAACAUGGAGAACACCAAGGCUCUGAGGGACGCCGGCGGCAUCGAGAAGCUCAUCGGCAUCGCCCGCAGCAAAGGAGACAAACAUAGUCCUAAAGUGGUGAAAGCAGCAUCCCAAGUCCUGAACAGCAUGUGGCAGUACAGAGACCUCCGCAGCCUCUACAAAAAGGACGGCUAUUCUCAGUACCAUUUCGUCGGCUCGUCAUCCACGAUAGAGAGAGACAGGCAGCGGCCCUAUUCUUCCUCCCGUACUCCGUCCAUCUCUCCCGUACGGACCUCACCUAACAAUCGAUCAGCGAGCGCGCCAGCUUCCCCCAGGGAGAUGAUGGCAUUGAAGGAGAGGAAGGCAGACUAUGAGUCGACUGGCAAUGCCAGUUACCAUGGCAACAAGGGCGAGCACACAUCCCGGAAGGACGCCAUGACGAGUCAAAUCUCCGGUGGGUCUUCAACACUACACAGAGGAGCAUACGUGUCACCUACUGAUGACCUGAAGUAUAAUCAGGUCUCUUGUCAAGGCUUGCCUUCGGAGCCCUACCCUCCUUUCCAAAACCCCCCCCCUCCAGACAGUGGCAACUACGAGGACCAGGCCUUCUACGACAACCAGGUUCACGUGGGAGGGCGCCCCCCACAGGGAGAGCUCAACAUGCACCUGCAGGGUCUCAAGUCCACUGGCAACUAUGUAGACUUCUACUCAGCCUCGCGGCCCUACAGUGAGCUCAACUAUGAGACCAGCCACUAUCCAGCCUCACCAGACUCCUGGGUGUAAGGGAAGACGAGGGCGGAGGAGGAGGAGGAGGAGGAGGAGGAGAAUGGAUAAAGAAAAAAAGGAUGGUGAAGGGGUAGUUUAAAAGGUG